GUCCAGUAAAUUGCGGUGCGCGCGCAAGCCAGGGCAGCAGCAUCCAUUUCAUUCCAUUCAAUCUGCCGGUUAGCGUUAAAUGCCGCUUGCCGCAUUCUUCAUAUAGCCAUGGCUCCACCACGUCAUAUACUCGAACUCAGCCAGAAGGAGCAGCGUCAAUUCAUUGACUCCUUUGACUUGGUGAUCAGCGACUGCGAUGGCGUUGUCUGGAUGCUGGUGGGCUGGAUACCGGGCACUGGAGUUGCCGUCAAUGCCUUAAAAUCGGCCGGCAAGCAAAUAAAGUUUGUUUCGAACAACAGCUUUCGCACCGAUGAACAGUACAUGGCCAAGUUUAAGCAUAUUGGAGCCAACAAUGUCCAUGACGAUGACGUUGUGCAUCCCGUCAAGACGAUUGUGCGUUAUCUAAACAAGCACAGGCCUGGGCAGCGUGUCUACUCCCUCAUGUCGUUGGAAGCCAACGAGACGUUGCGUAAGCAAGGCAUCGACUUUGAGUCGCUGCAAGUCAAAGAACAUCUAACAGCUGCCUCGCUGGUAGAUCAUUUAAGCAUUGACAAGCCUGUGGGCGCUGUGCUAUUCGACAUCCACCUGGACAUGUCCUACGUGGAGCUGGCUAAGGCCAUUAGGCAUCUGCAGCAGAACGAGGAUUGCCAGCUGAUAGCGGGAGGAAGCGAUGUCAUCAUGCCCCUCGCUGAAAACCUCAAUGUGGCUGGAUUCUUUGACUUCUUGGAGCAUGUGAAGCGCUAUACGCAGCGCGAGGCCACCUUCCUGGGCAAGCCAUCGCCCAUUUUGGGGGAGAUGUUCGCAGAAAUGUUUGAGAUCACAGACCCCAAACGUUGCAUCUUCAUUGGUGACACCCUGGUGCAAGACGUCCAGUUCGGUAAAUCGUGCGGCUAUCAGUCACUGCUCGUCCUGAGCGGCUGCCUCACCAAAGAGGAUAUGUUCAAUGCUCCUGUUGACGCACAACCAGACUAUUAUGCCGACAGCCUGGCAGACUUUACGCAAUUGCUCCAGAAUAUACAAGAAUAGAUAA